GUUAUGGAGACGGCUUGUGCGUCCAUGGCUAACCGCAGCGAUUGGUGGUGGCCUCUUACGUGUUUGAUUUUUUUUGCUUCUGUUUUUUCCUACUUUGUUUUUUUCUAACUUUUUUACUUUUUCGAUCAAUCUUACUUCUUUUUAGCAAUGAAUCCCUUCCAGCAUCCAACUUUUUUACAAAACAAACCAUUCCUCACUGUUCUUACAGAGAUUCGCGACAGUCUGUUUGGUCUGGAACGUCAUAUGACCAACAUUGAAAACGCGUUGGGUCUCAAUCCGCAACAGCAACGUCCUCAUGCAACAACUUCUCACCAAUGAGUAAGAUGUACGUGAACGGAUGGCGCAGUCGUACCAACUUUCGCAUACUGCGCAGCUCUCUCCAAGUGAGACAAUCAAGAAGAUGCAGUACAUGGGCAACAUCCGAACAUGCAAUUUGGAAAGACUUUGGUGGCCUUGAUCAAGAAAAGGCCGUGGCCAUGUACCACUCGCUGAGCGAUGAGUCCAAGACUCACAGAGGACGGUUGCAGAGUGCACAUGCUGCAGCUUAUCGCGAGGUUCCCGAUCACGUCAAGAGGACAGAAUGGAAGAAAUUCGAAGAGAAUGUCAAAUACAUGUACAAGCUGCCUCUUGACAAAUGUGAACAGCAUUGGUGUAAUCUCAUUAUCUUUGCAAUCAAAAUUGUUAGAAACCACACCAAUGUUUCUGAGCUGGUACAUCGGUUGGUGCUCAGUCUGCAAUGUAAGCAAAUGAAUGGUCAACAGAGUCUUAUGGAUUAUACUAAUUUAUGAGAGUCGUAUGGACGUAACCAGCCAACGAGGAGCUUCCUCUGCACCAACAUUGCAAACUGAAGGAUCAUUUAUGUCAAUACCACUCUUUUCAGAAUCACCAUCCAUCCCAAUGCCAUCACCAUCUUCUUUUUCGACUCGUCAACUAUCCCAACUGCCCCUUC